AUGAGACCAGUAGCCGUAGCAGUUCUAGCCGCACUUCUGCCAACAUGUCUUUUGAUCGCCGGCCUAGCCUGUCUCUCGAUAUAUUUGUACUUCAAAUUUCGAGCUUUCGGCGCAGAUAAUACACAGCUUCGAGCACAGCUAGCCCCCCCGCCCCAGCCAGAGGAGCCUCCCUUGACAGAUGAAGCGAGAGCAAACUUACGACAGCUGGCAAUGCCAAGGCCAGAGCCAGAGCUAAAGUCAAUCCCGGCUCCAGGAUGGACACCGAUCUACGUCCUAUCAGAUGCAUCAAGCCCGGAUUGGAAAUCUGAUAUGACAUCGGUUUUCCAUGGACUUUCGGCUUGGGACAUAGAGUGGCCUCAUAUUGUACUUAAUGAACCAGGAGGUGAUGAUAAGUUCGGACAAUAUUUAGAAGCCCUUGGAUAUCAGGGGGGCGCCUCAACAGCAGCUCUUCUAAAGCUACUUCGGAAUAAAAACACUCGGUUCCAGGCCGCGCAACAUAUCGCAAUCUCCAUUGGCCUUGCAAAGACAUCAAUUGAUAGCGAUCCAGAAUCCACCCUGCUUCCGUUCUCGCCAGCGGUCCAAAGGGAUCUAAAAGAUUUCUUGGAGGGAAUCAAGGGAAAGAAGUUUAGCCCAGAAUUCUCAAGAACCCUUGCGAAUAUCCCAUCCCAGAUCGCCUUGGAACAUGGAAGAAUCAACAUAGAAAAGAUGGAGAACACUGUCGAUCUUCUGGAUAAAUUGUUCCGCCCAGUCGGAAAACCAGAAAUGCUUUGUCCAGGCGGUAGCUACCGUGGGCGUGCCUUCAUAGGACAUACACAAAAGGACGUCACCGAAGCAUUAAUCGACGCCGUGACCCUACAAAUGCGGAUGCUGGGAUCCCCUCAACAGUUCGAACUCAGGUGGAAAGAGACCAAUGAAACAUCUGUUUGUCAACAACCGGCUUUGUAUUCACAUGCAGGGGAAGACGGAGUGCCGCUCGACGAGCCGAAGCUUUGGUGGGGCGACGGAACGUAUGAUGUUACAGAGGAUGGAUCGGUUACCUUUGUAGGGGAGAAGCUUCCGCCUGAGGAGGUAGUUUGA